UGCACCUUGCCGAAAGGCAGUGCCUAACUGGAUCCGGCUUCGACGUCCAUAUGAAAUUCGGCGGCUAACGAGACAUUUGACAACAGCCUUCUAGAUGCGCUGAUUUCUUAGCCUGCUAGCACGUGUAAGGAAACUCAUUUGCCCCGAGACAUACAGCACUUCCAUUGGCGUAAUCUACGGAGGUUCCGAAUGUUUGGCCUUGAGGUCGCUGUUCACAGCAAUAUGCAAUGCUAUGACCAUCCGUGCCCUAGGCCUUGCAUGGCCUAUCCGUCAGAAUGGUGCACUGCUUGCCGCAUUGAGGUUCAUAGUCCCGCAGAAUCGACCUGCCGACCAUAAUAAGUGCAGGCUGCUCGAUUGUGCGACGGCGAUUCGUCAUGAAUUGUUCAUUUGCGUAGUUCACCACCAUCGUGUCCUCAAGUUAUGACUGUCUAUACCUCGGUGAGGUUUUAGAGUGCGACUAUCAUCGCAAACGGUCAUCACAAUGGCAGAAACCCGAGCGCCUCAAUUUCAAGGCGUGUUAAUCGCCUUUCUUCUAGCAUCUACUGUCAGUGUCGCCGCGCGAUGCUACACAAGAAUAAGGCUUGUCAGGAUAUUCGCUGUUGAGGAUUAUUUAGCCGUGGCAACAUAUAUUUUCUAUGCCGCAUAUACUACGUGUGCUUUGAUAUCCAUUCAGCACGGCCUCUGCUCGCACGUCGCCGAUGUCCCGCUCGAAGAACGGCCGAAGGCUAUCAUGUGGCGCUGGAUAGCAGUCACAUUUUACAUUUUGGUGUCGGGAAUGACCAAACUCAUCGUUGGCAUCUUUUUGACGCGUGUAUGUACCAGGCAACGAUGGCAUAAUGUAACCCUGUGGGUAAUCAUGGGUAUCAUCGCUGUCUACAGUGUUUUCUAUGCAAUUUUAAACAUCAACACGUGUCAUCCCAUCGAGCACGAAUGGUUGCGAUACGGAGUUGAGCCAACGGACAUGACAGGAUGCAACGACAAGUUACUGGGAACGAUCCCGACCUAUAUCGCAGCUUUCCUCAAUGUUAUAGUGGACUGGAUUUUGGCAAUUGUACCCGCAACAGUAUUGUGGAAUUUGAAAAUGGAGAAAAAGCUAAAGAUAACGACCUAUAUAGUAUUAGCAAUCGGGUCGAUAGCGUCCGUCGCCUCGAUCGUGCGCAUUCCAUAUGCGCAAGACUUCCUCGUUAAGCCAGAUUACCUAUACCAAUUCACAGAUCUCGGCAUCUGGAGCACUGUCGAAAUCGGAGCCGGCCUAUCUGCUUCAUGUCUUGCGACUCUGAAGCCAUUGUUAAGAAGAAUGAGAACAGGCCAGGCGUCAUCAAAUCCAUUCGACGAAUCUGCCUUCAGCGGGAGCUUCCAGUACCAUAAGGGUCGACCGAGUAGCAUCCCGAGGAUAUAUCGCCCGGACCUAUCAAACCAUUAUGCCAUGGUGAGCAUCACAUCAGAGGGCAAGUUCUCGAAGCUUGAAGAGCUGGAUGCGAUAGUUGUGAGAAAAGAGAUAUCGGCUACCCACAUCGUGUAGGGCCCAUGGUGGCUUGUAUACCGC